GAUACAGAGAGAAAGAGAGAGGGAGGGAGAAGGAGGAGAAUUAGCCUAGAGGGAGCAGAGCCACCGAUAGCAUUUCUUGUUCUCAGAAAGCAGAGACCGGCUGUCCUCCCAUCCUCGGACAUGUGCUGCACCCGGCAGAAGCAGCUUUAGCGUCGGGGUGGCGUAGCCUGCUCGUCAUUUUUGAGGCUCCUUUAGUGAUUUUUCUUUCUUUUCUUCUUCUUUUUUUUUGUAUUCCCCUCCCAUCCCACCCAUCAUUGCGUUCUUUUGUAAUGAGCUUGUUAGGAGCCUACAAGAAAAAGACCAGUUACGAUGGCUAUGAAUGUUUGCAGCUGGUCGAUAGCGGCGGAGAGAGCUUCGGCUGCGGCAGGGGGAGCGGCGGCGGCGGCGGCGGCUCAUUCGGAGGCUCCAUCGCGGCCACCCUCGGACCGAAGGCCGGCCCACUGAGAGAGGAGGACUGCAGCACCAUGGACAGCUCAGAUAUGGAUGCUGGCUAUGGCGGGGGGCUGUUGGACAUGGUGAAGGGAGGAGCCGGCAAGUUCUUCAGCAACUUCAAGGACAACUUAAAAGACACGCUGAAGGACACCUCCACAAAGGUCAUGCAUCAGGUCGCCACGUACACUAAAGGAGAGCUUGACAUUGCUUACAUUACCUCAAGGAUCAUAGUCAUGACGUACCCAGCCGAGUCGGUCCAGAUUGGCUACCAGAACCACGUUGAGGACAUCCGCUCAUUCCUCGACAGUCGUCAUGCCGACCACUACACAGUUUUCAACCUCUCACAGCGAAACUACCGCGGCGCCAAAUUCUCAAACAGGGUGUCAGAGUGCAACUGGCCGUCUCGCCAAGCUCCCGGCCUUCACAACCUGUUUGCUGUGUGCAAGAACAUGCACAACUGGCUCAAACAGAACCCAAAGAAUGUGUGCGUCAUCACCUGCUCGGAUGGCCGCGCUCCCUCCGGCGUUUUGGUCUGUGCCAUGUUCUGCUUCUGCCACCUCUUCAACCACCCAGUUCCUGCCAUGCAGCUGCUCAGCGCCAAGAGACCAGGCUCCGGACUCUGGCCGUCACACCGCAGGUACAUAGGUUAUGUCUGUAGCAUGGUGUCAGAGAAGCCCACUCUUCCCCACUCCAAGCCCUUGGUGAUCAAGGCCCUCACUAUGAGUCCAAUCCCCUGUUUCAACAAGCAGCGCAGCGGCUGUCGGCCCUUCUGUGACGUCCUGAUCGGAGAGACAAAGAUCUUCACCACUGCGCAGGACUAUGAGAGGAUGAGAGAGCACAGGAUCCAGGAGGGGAAAGUAGUUUUCCCCCUCGGUGUGAGUGUUCACGGAGACGUUGUGGUUUCUGUCUACCACAUGAGGUCAACAAUCGGAGGGCGUCUCCAGGCCAAGGUGUCCAAUACACAGAUCUUCCAAAUCCAGUUCCACGCUGGUUUUAUAGCGCCUGGAACCACCAUGUUGAAGUUUAACAAACCAGAGCUUGAUGCCUGUGACUCCCCUGAGAAAUAUCCUCAGCUGUUUCAUGUGAUCCUCGACGUGGAGGUCGAAGGAGUGGACAAGCAGAAAGACCUGACGCCGCCAUGGGAGCAGUUUCCCUGCAAAGACCUCAAUCCCAGUGUGCUCUUCUCCUGCCACCAGGAGCAUCAGGACGCUCUGGCUAUUGCAGAGCCAAGCCGGCAGCACGGAGAAGGCCGGGGCCACGGGGAGGAGAGCGAGCCCUCUGACGAUGAAAUGCUAUCGCUGUCGAGCCAGCGAAGCAGCAUCAGCGCCGCCUCGCAGAAACCGGAGCCGGCAGCUCCGGUGGCUGCCGCUGCCGCGCCGGCGCCCGCUGAGGAGGUCGACCUUCUGGGUCUGGGCGGGGAGGACGUCAACCGCCCGUGCGCCUCAUCGCAACCUUCGAACGCUGCAGCCACGGACCUUCUGGGAGAUUUGUUCGGGGCUCCACCCCAGCCGGCCAGCGGGUCUUCAUCCACCCAGUCCACCCCACACAAAGUGGCCCCCCAUACCGCCUCGCCAAGCCCCUCGCCUGCUCCACAAGCAUUUGAUCCCUUUGGGAAAGCUCCCAUGCCUACGCCUCAGGAGAAGAUGUGCUCGUUCCUCGGACCAGGUAACGUGGGGCAGCCAGACCCUUUUGUGCAUGCUGCUCGCUCUCCAUCACCCACCCUGCAGCCUACAAGCCUGGGCCGAAGCUCCCCGGUCCCACCCGCCACACCGACCGUCAACGUCCAGCAGCAAAACGCCAUGGGAGGUUGGGACUGGAACAGACCUGGCUCCGCAAACGCAGGAGGAGGUUUUGGCAUUGGCAGUCGAUCAGCCACCACCAGUCCCACAGGUUCAGUCCACAGCACCCCCACCCACCAAACUAAGCCAAACACCUUGGACCCAUUCGCCAACAUCGGAAACCUGUCAGGAAGCCUUGGAGGUGCUUCUGGAUUCUCCAGCAAGCCCACCACUCCAACAGGAACAACCCCAUCCUUCCCACCCAUGGGUUCACCGUCGCGGCCACAGCCGUCCCCGCAGCACACGGGAGGGUGGCAGUCCCACCCGGGAGCCAACUUCCCCACCUGGCAACCCGGCACGGGGGGCGGCGGGGGAUGGCAAGCCCAAGGACAAGCUCCACCGGCCCAGGCGAAGCCCAGCCCCAGCCACGCCAUGCCUCACACAUCGCCUCAGAACCGACCCAACUACAACGUUAGCUUCUCGGCAAUGGGAGGAGGCUCUCCGAGUGCGGGUGGCAAACCACAGGCCGGGAUGGGCUUUAAGCCCAAAGGCUUGGAUGCUAACUUCGAUGACCUGCUGUCCGGUCAGGGAUUUGCUGGGACCAAAGAGAAAAAAGGUCCCAGGACAAUAGCAGAGAUGAGGAAGGAGGAAAUGGCCAAAGAGAUGGACCCAGAAAAAAUAAAGAUUCUGGACUGGAUCGAAGGAAAGGAGCGCAACAUCCGCGCCCUACUGUCCACCAUGCACACUGUGCUCUGGGAGGGGGAAACGCGUUGGAAACCAGUGGGCAUGGCUGACCUGGUUACUCCAGAACAGGUCAAGAAGGUUUACCGCAAAGCAGUGCUGGUCGUUCACCCUGAUAAGGCGACGGGACAACCGUAUGAACAAUAUGCCAAGAUGAUUUUCAUGGAACUGAACGACGCCUGGUCAGAAUUUGAUAGCCAAGGACAGAAGCCUCUCUACACCUAAAAAAAAAAAAAAAGGAAAAAAAAAAAAGAGUGAAACAAAGCGAGCAACGCCAGGACGCCACCUUCUAAUUCUGUGUUCUCACCCUUAAAAGUGUCACCACCUCUGAAACGGCUAACCAUGCUACAUCAUCUGCCUUUUGUACCUGCGCAUUCUCUCACGAUGCUCCUUUUGUUUUGGCCCAAAACUUUCAUCGAUAUCCGUGACGACCGAGCAGAAAACAGAAGCAUCGUCGAACGCGGACGAAACGAGAGAGAGAGAGAGAGAGAGAGAGAGAGAGACGUCUGGAGCGGUUCACAGAGCGUCGCAGGAUAAGAGAAGAACAAAUCAGGGAGCACAUUCAGCAAACAUUUCAUCGACGGCUCCUCGCCAGAGCUUCAGAGAUAACAGAAGGUCGUACCGUGUGGCACAACAAGCAUUUACCUGCAUUUCUUUGAUCCGCGUGAAGCUGCGUUCAGGGUCCGCUCUGUGACCUCAGCCGCCCAGGAACGGUGACUUAAAAGGCAGCGGCGUCGAGUUACUGUAAAGUUAGCCGAAGCUAGGUUUGUGUUCCACUAAAAACUGUUUAGCACAGAGUGAUUCUGUUAUUAACAAAGUUGAUCUAGCAUAAACUCGAAGCACAGCUGCUGGUUCUGACGGAUGGGACGGCCUUAAGGUUCGGAGAGUGGCAGAAACGUGGGCCUUCGCUGGCUUUCCUGCUUCAGCGUUACGUUUUCUGCUCUUUCUGUGGCAUACUGCGGUUUCAAUAACAACCAUUUGGAAGGCUUUCAUUGGGAAG